CCUUCGUUGGCAUCGAGCCCAUUUGACCAUCCCAAAGCCGACGUUUUCUUGCGUUCGGCUGAUGGCAUGUACUUCCGAGUCUUUAAACUCUUUCUUUCUCUCGCAUCACCCUUCUUCGAGGCCAUGUUUUCUCUUCCGCAACCUGAUAAUGCCGACGGCGAGAAUAGAGAUGGUCUUCCCGUUAUACCCGUCUCCGAAUCCAGCAAAACCUUGGACUCGUUCCUUAAAUUCUGCUAUCCUUCCACCCUCGCAGAAGACCCUGACCUCAUCCAGCUCGAUGAUGUCGUCGACAUCAUCGAAGCAUCUCGGAAAUACGAAGUCCCUAUCAUCGAGAAACGUCUUGGACGAGCACUCUCAAUCCCUUCCAUCCUAGAGCAGGACCCAUAUCGGUGCUUUGCGAUCGCAUGCCGAUCUGGAAUGCAGAAAGAAGCCGAACUUGCGGCACCAUACACUCUUCGCCUCCCCCUCAUCCCUCCCAUGUUUCCCGAGAUCAAGAUGAUAUCUUCCACACAACUCCUAGACCUGCUUUCGUACCAUUCCCAAUGUAGUAUGGCCGUUUCAGCCGUAUGCAAAAAUCAUAAGCAAUGGAUUGAAGAUCGACCAUCGGCAAGCCAAUUAUGGCUUACGACCUACAAGAGUCACUUCGGACGCUGCCGCGCGACGACGCGUUACUGCUUCCCUUACAAUGACGAACAGUUCAAUGUCGUGGAGUGGUGGGCCGACUACAUGGAUGAAAUCCUCCCCCUUGUACAAGACCGACCUUGCAAGAGUACCAUCACCGGGUUUCCUUUCAACAAAAUCAUUGAGAAGGUUCAAGCCCUCGACUGCACUACUUGCGCUAAAACUGUCAGGUCAGGCGUGGUGGAAUUCAACAAUACUCUUGCAAUGGAGGUCGAGAAGGCAACGUCCAAUGUUCGUUCCCUA